CGUGGCCCCGCCCCGCUCGGCCGGAUUGGCUGCCAGUUUGGCGGACUUUGUCCUGGGUCGGCAGGCUCUUUUGUCCCGGCCUCAUGGUUCAGCUCCCACCAGGGCGCAGUGCUGACAGCAGCGAGCAGCAGCGUGGAAACUCACCGGUCUCUGUUUUCUGUGAGCAUUGAGGAAUAACCAUGUCUUUGAGCAACGGCCACAGUGUGAGCAAAGAGAUGUGGGAGUCCCACAACAAGAUGAUGCUGGAACCUCUGGCCAUCAACGACUCAGAGGUGUUUUCCAUCAUCAAAAAAGAGAAGCACAGGCAGACGUAUGGCCUGGAGCUGAUCGCCUCUGAGAACUUCACCAGCAGAGCCGUUCUGGAGGCGCUGGGCUCCUGCAUGAACAACAAGUACUCUGAGGGCUAUCCUGGUCAGAGGUACUAUGGCGGCACUGAGCAUGUGGAUGAGCUGGAGAGACUUUGUCAGAAGAGAGCACUGGACGCCUACGGUCUGGACUCCGAGAAAUGGGGUGUCAACGUACAGCCAUACUCAGGUUCCCCUGCUAACUUUGCUGUGUAUACGGCCAUUGUGGAGCCCCAUGGCAGGAUCAUGGGACUUGACCUGCCUGACGGAGGUCACCUGACCCACGGCUUCAUGACUGAAAAGAAGAAAAUCUCAGCCACGUCCAUUUUCUUUGAAUCCAUGCCUUACAAGGUGAAUCCAGAAACUGGCUACAUUGACUAUGACCGACUGCAGGAGAAUGCACGCCUUUUCCACCCCAAACUCAUCAUCGCAGGAACCAGCUGUUACUCCCGUAACCUCGACUAUGCCCGUAUGAGGCGGAUCGCUGAUGAGAACAGCGCGUACCUGAUGGCUGACAUGGCUCACAUCAGUGGGUUGGUGGCAGCUGGAGUCGUCCCCUCGCCCUUCGAGUACUGUGACAUUGUUUCCACGACAACGCACAAGACGCUGCGUGGCUGCCGUGCUGGCAUCAUUUUCUACAGAAGAGGAGUGCGGAGUGUGGAUGCCAAAGGGAAGGAGACACUGUACAACUUGGAAUCCCUAAUCAACCAAGCUGUUUUCCCUGGCCUGCAGGGAGGACCACACAACCAUGCUAUUGCAGGUGUGGCCGUAGCCCUGAAGCAAGCCAUGACACCAGAGUUCAGGGCCUAUCAGAUGCAGGUUCUGGUAAACUGCAAAGCUUUGGCCAACGCCCUCAUCAACCAUGGCUACAACAUCGUCACCGGCGGCUCUGACAACCACCUGAUCCUGCUGGACCUGCGAAGCAAGAGCACUGAUGGAGGCCGAGCUGAGAAGGUUCUGGAAGCCUGCGCCAUCGCCUGCAAUAAGAACACCUGUCCAGGCGAUAAGAGCGCUCUGCGCCCCAGCGGUCUAAGGUUUGGCUCCCCGGCCCUGACCUCCAGAGGCCUGGUGGAGGAAGACUUCAGGAAGGUUGCAGAGUUCAUUCACAGAGGUAUUGAGUUGACACUGGAGAUCCAGGGAAGCCUGGACCCCAAGGCCACUCUGAAGGAGUUCAAGGAGGCCCUGGCCCAGGGAGAGAAGUUCCAGCAGCGUGUGGCUGAGCUCAAGGCUGAGGUGGAGGCCUUCUCUGGACAGUUCCCCAUGCCUGGCCUGCCUGAGCUGUAGGGGGGUGCACACAGUGGCUGUAUAUGGCAGCUUUUGAAUGCUUUUAUGUGUUGAUUGUGUGUGUGCGUGUACGUGUGUGUGUGUAUAAAAUGGUUAUUAGUGUGUGUACACUUGUGAAAUCUGUCACUGUUAAAAUCAAGGCACUUCCUCAUACUUCACAGCAUACAUGGGUUGAUAGGAGUGUUGUAUUUUUGAACAGAGCUGUCUUUACAGAAACGGCUGGAUUUUGAAUGGUGUUUAUACUAAAUCCCCCAUUGAUCUUUGAUCACUGCUACAGUCACACACCUUACUGUGUAACUGCUCUUCACUGUGAACCUUACACUUUAAAAUGAACACAACAUCAUUGUCAUGUUAUUUUUUCUUGUGGUUUCCUGUUAAUUGACUUAUGUAUCUCUGUUCUGAUUAUGAAUUUAUGCCAAUGAAUUGAAUUGUAAAGGAUUUGAUUGUUGGAGGAAUAAAAAAAAAAAUUCUGGCAUAAUUAUU